ACAAAAAAAAAAAAAAAAUUAAUUUGGAGGAUUGAUUUGCAAAUUUUUGUAAUUGCAUUGUCCCAGCCCUGAACUUUCUUCUUCUAUGCCAUUUGAUCCGCAAAAUGCACCCGUAACGAACUUUCAAUAAGAAUUUCAUUCGAUGCCAAAUCUGUUCCAUGCGCAUACCUCUUACGUUAUGCAAAAAUUGCGAGGUAAAUGCAUAAUCAAAAAAUCCAAUGUCAUGACACGAGACACGACAACGUUGAUAAGGAAUUCAAUACACCAAUAGAAACGAAAUGUUGGCGAUAACGAGGAGUGUCUUUGUAUUAUAUAUGUAUUAUGUGUAUUUCUAAAUCAAUCCAAUACGAUACAUACAGAAUACACGGAUCUGUGUAAUUACCUAAGUACUUUCAGCGCAUUCUACGACAUCUGUGAAGUCUAAGACUAUCGGUAUUAAUCAGCAUGUCAGUUCAAAAAACACCACGAAUUCUUUCGAUACAAAGUCACGUAGUGUCCGGUUACGUUGGUAAUAAAAGUGCAGUAUUUCCUCUGCAGUUGUUGGGUUUCGAAGUAGAUGCAAUUAAUUCCGUUCAACUUUCCAAUCACACUGGCUAUAAAGUCUUCAAAGGUCAAGUGUUAAACGACAAAGAUUUAGAGGAAUUAAUAAAUGGUUUAGCAGAGAACAAUUUGAAUUAUUACACGCAUCUAAUUACUGGAUAUGUCGGUUCUGCUUCGUUCCUAAGAAAAAUAACAGAGGUGAUCCGUAUGUUGAAACAGAAAAAUCCAAGUCUCAUAUAUGUGUGCGAUCCUGUUAUGGGAGACAAUGGAAAAAUGUAUGUUCCUGAAGCAUUAAAAGAAAUUUAUAGAAAAGAAAUAGUACCACUGGCUGAUAUUGUAGUACCGAACCAGUUUGAAUUAGAAUUAUUAAGCAACACAAAGAUUAAUACAAUGUCUGAAUUACAAAAUGCUUUGAAAGAACUGCAUAAAAUUGGUCCUCAAACUGUGGCUGUUUCAUCAACAGAGAUUAAUGACAAACUAACAGCAAUAGUUAGUACAAAUAAAGACAAUAAGUUAAUAAAAAUUGACAUUCCAAAGAUACCAGCAAACUUCACAGGUUCUGGAGAUCUGUUUGCUGCCUUAUUCUUAGCUCACACGUAUUUACAAGAUAAUAUGAAAACUGCCAUUGAAAAAACUAUAAACUCUUUAUACAGUGUCCUGUUAAAGACUUACAAAUAUUCCGAAGCAUGUCAAGAUAAAGAAUCUCAACUUGCAAGAAGAAUUGAGCUGUGUUUAAUACAAAGCAAGAAUUGCAUUGAAAAUCCCGAAAUUUGCUUGUUUGCUGAACCGCUUACAGUAGCAAAUUAAAUGGUUCAAUAACGUGUACCGAUAUAUUGUACAUAUAUAUAUGUAUAUAUUAAACUUUCUGUUAAAUCAAACGCUACUAAUCCGGCUCUAAGGACCAAAUGUUAAGUCCAACUCGAUCAAGCCGUCUUGCGCUAGACUUGCAUAUCGCACUCGUGUGUGCCUGAACUUGAAUCGAUCG